UAAACUUAACCUUACUUUUGUACACUUGCACGCUGUGUUGUGUACAUAAGUAAUUUAUACUGUAAGAUUGGCGUGAACAAUAACUUUACAAAUAAUCAGUCGGUGAUAAGACGUCGAGUAAUAAAGUCGUACGUUCGUGAAGUAAUACGUUACAGUAUUUUCAUAGCUGACGAGCUAGUAACGUGCAAUCCUCGUUGAAAAAAUUCUAAUCUAUCAAAUAACAAAAAUUACCGCUUAAAAAUGCACAACGGAACUACAAAUGGGUGUUCAAAAUACUUCGAUCUCAAGGAUAUGCCUCACAUUAUUAAAGCUUUGGACAGAAAUCAAAAAUUAGAACCCGACAUUCUCCACGUAAUCGGCAACACUCCAUUAGUGAAACUAAAUAAAAUACCCAAAAAGGAUGGAUUAUUAUGUGACAUGUAUGCAAAAUGUGAAUAUUUGAACCCAGGUGGUUCUAUAAAGGACCGGAUUGCCUAUAGAAUGGUGCUGGAUGCUGAAGAAAAAUGCAUAUUAGUACCGGGGAAAUCUGUUAUCAUUGAACCAACAUCAGGAAAUACUGGCAUUGGUUUGGCUUUAGCUGCAGCAGUGAAAGGGUACAGAUGUAUUAUUGUUCUGCCAGAGAAAAUGUCAGAUGAGAAAGUAAACACUUUACUAGCAUUGGGAGCGGAGAUCAUCAGGACACCCACUGAAGCUGCAUCUCAUGACCCUGACAGCAAUCUCAUGGUUGCUAAACGACUUGCUAAGGAGAUACCAAAUGCUGUUAUGCUGGAUCAGUACACGAACGCUUGCAACCCGUUGGCGCAUUACGAUGGUACUGCUGAGGAGAUUCUGUGGUCAUUGGACGACGACGUGGAUAUGGUGGUGAUUGGAGCGGGUACGUGCGGUACCGUAUCUGGCAUCGGACACAAGAUCAAAGAGAGAUGCCCCAAGUGUGUCAUAGUGGGUGUUGACCCGCUUGGUUCAAUACUCGCCGAGCCGGAGGAACUCAACGAUAGUGAUGUUGGCAUGUAUGAAGUUGAAGGCAUCGGUUAUGAUUUCCUGCCAAAGGUACUAGAUAGGAAGGUGAUAGACAAAUGGAUCAAGACGGAAGACAAAAAUUCAUUGACCAUGUCUCGACGGCUGAUAAAGGAGGAGGGACUACUUUGCGGCGGCAGCAGUGGAGCUAUAAUGUGGGCGGCGACGCAAGCGGCCAAGUCGUUGAAGGCGGGUCAGAAGUGUGUGGUCAUUCUGCCCGACAAUAUUCGCAAUUACAUGACCAAGUUCAUCUCCGACCAGUGGAUGGAGGCCCGCAGCUUCAAACCCGUCGUCAAGCACGAUGAACUCCCAUGGUGGAAUGCUGUAGUGACGAAAAAUCUGAUUCAACCGAUCACCGUGAUCCCGCAUGAUACGCCCGCUGUGGAAGCGCUCGCCGCUCUCAAGACCUCAGGUGCGCCCGCGCUGGCCGUCGUAGAUGACCAGGGAGCGUUAAUCGGCGUGGUGACGGCGGACUACGCGCGCCGGCGGCUCACCAACCUAUUCGGCAACGUAACGGAUGAACUGAGCAAGUUCACUCAGAAGAAGUUCUAUUCGGCGGACGUGACGCAGGCGCCUGCACUCGGAUAUGUGUCGCGAAUGCUGGACAUCGCGCCAUUCGUCGUCAUCGUCGAGUCUGUUUCUACCAUAAAGAAACCUAUUGGAAUCUUGACAUCAGAUGAUCUGCUGCGUCUCGUCACAGACAAAAGCCUCAACCUCAGCUCGUAAUGCAAUAGCCAUGCAAUAUUCAAGAAUAGCAACUGCUCAAAUGUUAUCAAAUAUAAUUUAUAUUCAGUAUUGAUAAGCCAUUGUUAAUGUACUGUAUCUUAUUGGUAUACAAAAUGUGCAUGUUUAGAAAUAAGUGAAAUACAAGGUCACAAAUUAAUAACUUCCUUGGCAAAUUGAAUGUUUGUUUGUAAAUAUUUGUACAAAUUAUGGUUUUACAGCAUUUAAGGGGGAAUUUUUUGGACCAUAUCUAUAGGUUUUAUCUUAGGCAUUUAUGACAUGAAACUGAUUAUUAUAAAUAAAAUUGUAUACACAUUUA